AGAUUCGUAAACUCCCAGAUCUUUAGUAGUUUUCAUUUGUUCGAAUUGAAGGUUUUCUUUCUGUACUUCUUUUGGAGUUGUUACUUUUAGGUGAGUGUUUGUGGGGAAGGUUUUUUUUUAUCGUGGUGAUUGUGCAUGUUUCCACUCUCCAGUGAAGGCUACCCAUUACUUUGUUCUUCGUCUUUGCUUAUUCAUUAUUUCAUUGAAAGAAACACAAACCCUAAAUUUAGGAAAAAGGGGAUUUUUGGUACGGCGGCAAGGUCGCGAUGAAGGAUCAAUUCCAGGAGCUCUGUUCCUUUUUAAUAUCCCACCUUCGUCAAGUAAAUGCUUAUUAAGAGAAAUUUUCUGUAUGCAACAUGUUGGAUAUGGCAAGAGAACAAUGUGAAAGUCAAUUCACGAAAAGAUUUCGUACAUUCUCCUAGCAGACUCCGUUAAAGGAGUGGUGAUGUGGGACUCGGUAUCGCGUAGCUCCAGGACUUGAAUCUCAUCAACUACCUCCUACAAUCUCAAAGAUUCCAUUUCUGUAGCAACUUAUCUUUUCCAGGUGCACAUGGACAAACUCUUCUAGACGGGGGCAUGUGUAUUACAUCAACAAGGAAUUAAUUGUCUUGUUGGUUACUGUCUGCUCUUCUUGGAAGAGUAGUUUGUAAUUCAUGCCGAGUUGUGCUUUGACUGUAUGUAAUUUUUUACCAUUGAGCUCACACUUUCACGCUACAGCAUAAACAGUUAUAGGAUUUGGUGGAGUUUUCUGAGAACAUGGAUGACAACAUGGACUUGCAAAUCUCCCUGGAUAAGCUACCAAUCAAGCGGUUGGAUUCCAUUGAAGAAAAUGGAAUGGAACGAUUCCCACCAGAUGUGGACUACGAUGAGAAGCGACUCUCCUUAAUCAGGCGAAUUGACUUUGCUUGGGCCAUUGAGAAGGAUGAGGAGAAGAAGAAGCAGAAGAAGAGCUCCAAGGAGACCUCAACACCAUGGCAAUGGCAGGGCAUGGUAGAGAAUUUGCAAUUGGCACAUCAGGAGCUCUCUGUCAUCAUUGAUCUCAUCAAUACCGUGGAAGCAAAUGAUGCAGUAACAGUGGCUAGCAUGACAAGACCAAAACUGUUACCAAAUGAAGCUUUGUCUGAUCUGGCUGUAUCUGCAGCCACCAAGCUGCAAUGUUACCGUCAAGUUGGAAAAUAUUUCAAGCAAUCUGCCAAGGCUUUCGAACAACAGGUUGCUCGGGAAGCUAGGUUUUAUGGUGCCCUUAUCAGGUUGCAGCAAAAUUGGAAGGUUAAACGGCAACGUCAGGCGGCUAUUGUUCCAGGGAAUGAAGGCUUCACCUUUGAUCUCUUUGAUAACUCAUACGAUCAAGCUUCUAUUAUCCGGUCAUUGUCUAUGUCCACUGUUCGAGUCAAUCAUGAUGCCGCUGGAAUGCUGGCAAUAAAUAUGUCUCCUGAUUUAUGCCAUUCUCUCCAAUUUGGUUUUGUCGGUGCACAAUCAGAUGACAUACUGACGAAAUCCAAACAAAACAAAUCUCGUUUCUCAGAUGACCAUAGUUUGGGUGAAACUGGCAAAGAGUACUCAACAGAUGAAGAGUGUGUUAAGAAAACACAUACACUCCUUCGUGAAGCACAUGAAGCAAUUUUCAAUGAGCAGGUGUUUGAUUUAGUGAAUCGAGAAGCAUUUACCACAGUUACGGGUGUUAGUGUGACUGGAAUACGGGAAAACUAUUUACAAUUAAGCUUAGGUCAAGGAACCUCUGUGUACUUAGCACUUGUGUCCAAUGGUCAAAAACACUCCACUAUUGAAAAUGAACUCACCAAUAAUGCAGAAAAUUCAAUGUUACCACUAGAAUCGUCUGAUGGAAUGAAGCGCGAAGCCAAGCAGAAUGCCCCGAAGAAAGGGCUGUUUUCUAAUUCCAUCUGCUAUGAGAUUUACAUUCAGCAGAUUUUUCAUGAGCAUAUAUUCGGAAAAGGUGGCGAAAAACCAAUUUCCUCUGGGAAUCGGUUGUCUGGGGUUCAGGCAAAGGAGACAAAGGAUGGUGGAUCCAAUCUUCUUGGUCAUUUUUUUAUGUCUUUAUCGCACAGGAUCUUUUCAACUAAAGUUCUUGCGGAGCUGGAAAACGUGGUAUCCAAGGUCCCAUAUCUGCAGCUAAUUUCUAAUCCCACGUGGCAUUCUCGGGCUUCAUCAUGGAAUCUGUACAUGGAGGUUCCUCAGUCUAUCCUUCGUGGUAGCCAAAUUAAAACAUCAGAUUGUUUGGAGAAAAAUGCUGUCAGGCGUCAGUUUUGGAUUAAGGCGGUGGUAAAUGACAAUUGUAUCAAUGUUAAAGCGGAAGGUUCUCCAAAUGUCGCAGGCCUGUUCAAGGGAAAAAUUGAGGAAACCCACUCAAUAAACAAAUAUAACUGCAACUUAGCUGAUCUUCCAGUGAUUAUUCUGCAGCAGGUUGCGAGCCAAAUUAUUAACUGGUUAUAUCAGGAAGCUCUGAUGGUUGGGAUAAAAGCAAAUCGAGACUUCUUAUGCUUAUCUUUUGAGCUAGAACAGGGUGAAACACUAGGCCUGGUUGCAAGUGUUGAUCCGGAAGAUAGUGAAGGGUGUAUAUCUUGGUGGUUGGUUAUGGAAGACAGUUUUGCCGAGGAGCAAAAGCUUCAUAUGAACAUCACAGAUGGUGCAUCUGAGUAUAGGAAAUUCCUAGGUCACUUGUCUCUUGAUUUGUUAUACGCAACACUCAUCGACUUGGUAGGCUUGUGCAGUGGUGGCAGUGGCCAAUGAAGUUGAUACAAAUGUUUUUCCUGCACUCUUCAAGUCUAAGAACUAGGAGAGGACUCAUGCGCAACCAUUGUAUAUGUUUGCCAUUUUAACUUUAUUCAUGUACACUACACCUCAACUAAUUUGCUGUUGUCAUAUUUUUAUAGGGGGAAAUAGCUAUUUUGAGAUUAAGAGAAAAAUGUUCUUUUUUUA